AUGCGCCACUUCAAACAAGUCAAAUCAGUCAUCGAACAACUGAGAGUCAGCGCGCAAAACCAAAUGACGCCGCCGAAUACUCAACAUCAACAGCAAUACUACGAAAAUGAGUUCUAUGUGCAUCCGUCGCCAAAUCAAAGUCAGUUCUACGCGACACCACCACCUAUUCAAGCAGAUCAACAGCAAUCUUCCGAAAAUCAGUAUUACGGGCACCCGAAUCCAAAUUCAAAUCAAUUCUUCGCGACACCGCUAUCUACUCAAACAUAUCAACAGCAAUUUUCCCAGGAUCAGUUUUACGUGAAUCCAACUGCUAAUGAGCAGUACUACGACACGUCGCCGCAAAUUCAACAUACACAUGAGACGUAUGGAACCGAGUUUUACGAGCAACCGGCUCCAAACCAAGAAUUCUAUGCGACACAGCCGAUAAUUCAACAAUAUCCGCAUCGCAUUGCUGAAAACGAGAACUACGUUCGGUCUCUACCUGUCCAGUCACUGCCGCACUCCACAAAUAGAGAGCAGGCACCAGCGCCGCAAAAUCAGCAGGAAAGUCUAGAAGUACAGCAGGAAGAAGUGCCAUUGGCUUCUAUCACUCCCACACUUCGUACAACACCUACUUUCAGGGGAGUCAGACAGGUAAGUCAGAAAGGUGUGCACAAAGUGAUCGUUUACGAGAUUCCCGGUGGAUCACGGUCGUACACGUUCAUGUUCAAACGGAAGAGCUCUCAACCAAACGUCGCAACAUACAUCUGCGCACAAUGCAAAAAAGCAAACACCUACACCGCGGUCACGGUAAGUGGAGAUGACUUCAUGCAAGAUCCGACGAUGCUGGCCCACGCUUGCAUACCCGUCGAGAAAACGAAGGACAAAGCUGACAGGCUUUGUACAAGGUGAAU